GAGUGCCCGAGCCGCCAGCGCCCAGCUCGGCACCGCCGCACCGCACCGCACCGCACCGCGCCGCGCCGUUCCCGCACCGCGCCGUUUCCGCACCGCACCGCACCGCACCGCGCGGCCGGACUUCGCUGCGCUCCCGGCGCCGCGCCCCGCACGGCACUGCGCCGCGCCUCACUGCGCGCCCCCUUCUCUCUCCGCAGCCCUGACAGUAACUCUCCCACGCCCGUGGUGUUUUGUUUUGCCUUUUUUUUUCUUUUCGAGUCUCUGUUUUUUUCCCUUUUGUUAUUGCUUUUUUGUUUGUUUUUUUUUUUUGUUUGUUUGUUUUGGUUUUUUUUUUUUAGCGACAGCUCUCAAACCUACUUUGGGGUCUUAAAACGAAACCGUACACCAUUUCACUGUGGACAUUACACCCUCUUACAGAUAUGGGAGACAUGGGAGACCCACCAAAAAAAAAACGCCUGAUUUCCCUAUGUGUUGGUUGCGGCAAUCAGAUUCACGAUCAGUAUAUUCUGAGGGUUUCUCCGGAUUUGGAAUGGCAUGCGGCGUGUUUGAAGUGUGCAGAGUGUAAUCAGUAUUUGGACGAGACCUGUACGUGCUUUGUUAGGGAUGGCAAAACCUACUGUAAAAGAGAUUAUAUCAGGUUAUACGGCAUCAAGUGCGCCAAGUGCAGCAUCGGCUUCAGCAAGAAUGACUUCGUGAUGCGCGCCCGCGCCAAGGUGUACCACAUCGAGUGUUUCCGCUGCGUGGCCUGCAGCCGCCAGCUCAUCCCCGGCGAUGAAUUCGCGCUGCGGGAGGACGGCCUCUUCUGCCGGGCGGACCACGACGUGGUGGAGCGGGCCAGCCUGGGCGCCGGGGACCCGCUCAGCCCCCUGCACCCCGCCCGGCCGCUGCAGAUGGCAGCAGAACCUAUCUCUGCCAGACAGCCAGCUUUGCGACCCCAUGUCCACAAGCAGCCCGAGAAGACCACCCGAGUCCGGACUGUCCUUAAUGAAAAACAGCUUCACACCUUGAGGACCUGCUAUGCUGCCAACCCCAGACCUGACGCCCUCAUGAAAGAGCAACUGGUAGAAAUGACUGGCCUCAGCCCGAGGGUCAUCAGGGUUUGGUUUCAAAACAAGAGGUGCAAGGACAAAAAAAGGAGCAUUAUGAUGAAGCAGCUUCAGCAGCAGCAACCCAAUGACAAAACUAAUAUCCAGGGGAUGACAGGAACUCCGAUGGUGGCUGCUAGUCCGGAGAGACAUGACGGCGGUUUACAGGCGAACCCAGUGGAGGUGCAGAGUUACCAGCCGCCCUGGAAAGUACUGAGUGACUUCGCAUUGCAGAGUGACAUAGACCAACCUGCUUUUCAGCAACUAGUUAAUUUUUCAGAAGGAGGACCCGGUUCCAAUUCUACUGGAAGUGAAGUAGCAUCAAUGUCCUCUCAGCUGCCAGAUACGCCCAACAGUAUGGUAGCCAGUCCUAUUGAGGCAUGAGGAACAUGCAUUCAGUUUUCUGUUGUGUUGUUUCUGCCCUUACCCUCACCCCUGUUGGAAAGAGUGGGAAAGUGAUCGUGUUGAGACUCCGAAAUUUAGGGGGGAAAGUAUUUAACAACCCUGUAAUGAACCUAGCAAGGAACUGCUUCAUGAAAUGAACGGAGUCAUGUUUGAAAAGACAAGGUAAUAUGGUAGCAACACUGUGAAGACAAUCAUGGGAUCUUACUAGAAUAAAUACUAAAAAAAAAAAAAAAAAAAAAAAAGAAAAAAACACACAAAAACCAACAACAACAAAAAACCAACAAAGCAAAACAAACUGUGCUAUUCAAUUAUCUUAAGGGGAUCGAAAAGACGUUUUCAAAACGUAAAGCAUUUGUACUCGUGGAUCUCAAAAAAAAAAAAAGAAAAAAGAAAAAAAAAAUUCAUUUGACUGCACAUCUUAGAGAGCAAGGUAGAGGGACUUCCUAUCCAGUCCCUCCCAAUCCGAAUGGUGCUGUUUCUAUAUUGGUGAUUGCCUUGCCAAAAGGAGCUCCAGUAGGUUUUUCAUCAUCAGGAAAGAGACUAUUUAGCCUUGCAUUGUUGAAAGAUUCAUUGCAGGAAGGUGGAGCUGCAUUGGUUUGCAAUGUUGUUUUUAGUUGACUCUUAACAAGGGGUUGUUUCCUGGGUCUCUUCUAGCAUGUACUGUAGUGGGGAUUUGAUUUUGUUUAGUUGAGAUCCACUCUCUAUCAAGUUAAAGCGAUUAAAAAUAGGUUUUUGAAUUAUUCUUUAAAAACCAAUUUGUAAAAGCAUUGCAACAAGGUAUACCUCUAUUUUGCCACAAAGCGUCUCGGGAUUGUGUUUGAAAUGUGUCCGUCCAAGAACCUUCCCCUCCCCCAAAGAUGUGUAUAGUCAUUCGUUAAAACGACUGUUUUUCUCUCUUACUCUUUCUCUCUCACUCUCUAGAAAUAAAGAGGAAAAAGUAAAAAAAAAAAAAAAAAAAGAAAAAGAGAAAAGAAAAAGAAAAAAACCCAUCCUUUUUGUUUGCUCUUGCAUUGCAAAAUUAUAAAGUAAUUUAUUAUUUAUUAUCGGAAGACUUGCCACUUUUCAUGUCAUUUGACUAUUUUUUUGUUUGCUGAAGAAAAAAAAAAAGAAAAAGAAAAAAAGAAAAAAAAAAAAGAAAAGGUUGUACCGUGGUCUUUGAAUUAUAUGUCUAAUUCUAUGUGGUUUUUGUCCUUUUUUUUCUUAAAUAUUAUGUGAAAUAAAAGCGCCAUAUGUAGAAUUAUUAUAUCUUCAGGACUAUUUCACUAAAUAAGCGUUUGGAAUAGAGAAAAUAAUAAUAAUAUUAAUAUUAAAUAAUGAACAAAGUUCCCUCUUCUAAAUAUUUACAAGUUAGCAGCUAAAAUACCUGAAAUAAAAUAUUGCAUGCAAAGCAGGUCGUUAGUGAAUAAAAGGAGUGUGAUAUUUUAUUGCAAGUAUUCACGACCAGCUUGUAAAUUCCGUUUCAACAACUAUAUCAGGGCUAGUUGGAUGCCUUAGCUUUCAAUCGAUAACGUUAGAAACUCUCUUGUUAGUGUUUCCCCCACCCCAUCCCUUGCCCUUAAAAAUGAUAUUACUCUAGGCAUGAUCUGACUUAACGUUAAGACAUCUAAAGAACUGUGAGCUCAGGCUUUUUGCUGAGUUCCAUUAUUUUUAAAAUAAUAAUAAAAAGAAAGAAAGUGCUGUAUACCAAAGCCUCGUUGUUGAGAUUGUUGAAGUGACCUGUACUUUAAGUAUAAGCUCCUGAUAAAAGGGACGCUUUUUGCUUAACAAGUCAAGUAUGACCAUUAUUUAUCAGUGUCUGCUGUCAAAACGAUUGAAAAAUGCUGCAGGAGGAAUAUAUUGAGGGGAUAUUGCUAUGAAAUUGCACGAAUGGUGUUCCUUAUUUUCUGUCGACUUCCCUCUCUUCACUCCCUCUUUUCUUCCUUUUUUAAUUCGUGGGGGAGAGGGUGGUGAAAGCUAGAAAUGUGGGCGAUUUUUUGGGGAUAAGUAGAAAGAAGAAGGAGGAGGAGGAGAAGCAAAAAAAAAAAAAAACCCACAAAAAACCACAAACCCCCACAAACAUAGGAAAGGGUUGUUUUUGCUCCAAUCCAAGUGCUCCCUAGUGCUCCUGGCCAGCACAAGACAAGGGCUUGCUUUAAGAAACCCUUAACUGGAAUAUACAGAGAUUUUUAGUCUGACAAAGACAAGUUGGUUUGCAUGACAGUCACUCCAAACCCUAAUGUUUUCUUAACAUAACCUUCUUUUUCCUCCCUCCUCACCAUCUCAGCCCACCCUGAGCAAGCUCAGCUAUAGAGACAAACCAUUUCGACAGUACAGAGAACAUUAAAAAAAAAAAAAAAGUUAAAAGUCUAAUACAAGGAUUUAAAUCAUUCUGAUUAGAAACUGGAUUCAUUUUGUAUGCUCAAGUGUAAUACAUUUUUGAGUACUUGAUAAAUAUUUAAAU